CGCUUUGUAUCCAUCCAUAUGUACAGAUAGAGAAACAUGAAGUCAGUGUCUGUCCUGGCCCAUCACGCAUGUCGGUGGUGUCCGUACCCGUCAUGAAAUUGCUUGAAAUAAAAUAAGAACGCACGAAUUGAAUGGAGCGCUCUCUCUCUCUUUCUCUCUCUGUGAGGGGUGGAUAUAUAAACGACCGAUGGACCACCGACUGACCGAUGUGAACGAUGUAUAUAUGAAGCGUGUACACACGUGUGCUCUCUUCCUCUCACUCUCUUGCUACAUGUUUUAAGUGUCUCUUAGGGGGUGUGUCUAUGCUAUUCGGGGUGAUAGGAGUCGAUCUUAGAAUCCCCAGAGAGGGAACACACAAGAGACACACAUUAUCCAUGAAUUCGUCCGUAGUGUGGUAGCUGACGGCUCGAUGCUCACCCGACAGGAUCUGGAGCUGUUGUUCGGCCAUUGUGAUGGAGUUAAGGGCCGCCUGCAUGGUGCUCUUGGCCUGCUGCACCUGAGCCGCUAUCGUCGACAACGUCAUGCCUGAAAUCCACACACAUAUGCAAAUAUGUGCAGGGCGUGUGUGCGUCUGCGCGUGUGAUGUGACCCUGCACGUCGCGAGCGAGUUCCAUGGCGGUCUGCACCUCUGCAGCCAUACGCACAGAAGAGCAGUAAAAGACACAAUUAAUGCAUACAAAUGCACAGAUCUGCCAUUAUCCGUGUGCCCUCGGUGUGUUUGUGCUUCGAAUUUGGCUGUGCUGCGUACGUCGGUCAUAUGGGUGCGCGGGGCUGUGUCGUACCUACCGGUCUGCAGGAAUGAUGCUUCAGCAGCGCUGCCCAUCACACGGUUCAUCACCUUAUCCCACAGAAGAUCCCCGUACCCGCCGAAUGCGCCUGCACUCAACGGAAAUCACUCCCUGUUAUUAAUGUGAGUAUACAGAUAGGUAUAUUUGCCAUUGCAGACGCACAUAAACGUGACGUCUCUCCCUCUCUCUCUGUGGGGUGUGUGUGUGUGUGUGUGUGAGUGUUUGCGUGUGGACAGGCAACGAACCUGGAAAAUAGAAAGUGUGGAAUAUGUCCCUGUCCAUGAAUUUGAUAACUGUAUACAAGUAGCCGGUGUAAUGCACGUCAGCCUCCGCUGGCAGUUUCUUCCUGAUGAAAUGCUGAAGAAGCCACACGACCAGAGAUAUGUGGCAGCCAGCACAGCACACAGGUAUCUUGGCGCCUGCUGGGUAUGGAUGCUCACCGUCCCCUGGGUAGUGCAGAAUCUGUUCUCGGACCCCGAGAUGCGCGGGGUGCCACCAGCCCGCCAGUAGCACGUAUGCUGUUCUAAUACUUGUCGGUGAUUCUGAUGCCUUUCUGGGACACGGCUGGGUUGGCGAUGCACGUGCCGCCUCCUCCAGUGGUCCAAUCGGCCGGGUCGUAGGAACCGUGCGCAUCGAGGGUUAUCGUGUUGACCACACAGACCUCGGCGUCGUUUUGGCACGCCUUGGCGUCAUGAAAGUUCCCUCCUGCGUCGGGCUGCCGGGCAGUGACGUAGAAUGCAUCGUAAUAAUGCUCGAACGCGUUGCCGGCAUAUUUAUUUUGCUGGUGAUGGACCUUCUUGAACAUGACCGAGCAAUCGCUGCAUGCAUCAAGGGGAGAAAAAGGCUACCUAUGGAUGGGCCCACACCUUUCUACUGCGCAUCGCUUACGUGGGCUGCUCAUCCGAUUGCUGCCCAGUGGACGACGACGACAUCCACACCUGGUCCCCUGCACACACAAGUGUGUCAGGGAUAAAGACCUCCUCAUGAGGGCCUUGAAGGUGGCUUACCUUGCUGGGUAGAUCCACCUUCUGCAGCCACAGAACCGCAAACACGCAAAAAGAAUGGGCAGAUUUUCCCUGUUCGCAAGAGAUCUUCCUCGCUCGUCAGCGCUGUGCGUCGGCUUACGUCGGGCAUAGGUGUGCUGGGCCAGUAGGGGCUGCACGAGGCAGCCCAGGCCAGCCAGAAGAACAAUGGCGAAGCCGAAACGCAUCCUCGCAGGCAGGGGUCAGACCUGUGAGUGUACCCGGCCGCUCUGUCUG